ACGCCAGUGCUGGAUAGCUAUCGAUUCGACAAGUGCAUUAAAGAAAAACAAUAAACACAUUAAACACGGGAUGACAAACAACUCAAACGGACGCUUAAGCGAAUACUUCGCCAACGAUCCGCCCAGUUUUUUUGAUGAGCUGACAAACAGUAAAUCGAAAGGCAAAGAAACGCAGCCAACGCAAACAGCUGAGAAAAGCAGCAGCAAUAUGCUGGCCAGCACAUUUACAGGUUGCUUUCAACCGCCUGAGUAUGUGGAAACAGCUGAAGCUGAUGAGCCUAUAAAAGUGAGCGACGAUGUUAGAAACUUAUGGCAGCUCCCCACUCCAAAUGAAACGGGCAAUCAGGCAACACAUCUCGUUAUGCCAGGCAUACAUAUAGCCAACGAUUUGCCUGAUCCCAUAAGCAUCGCUGUGGCUCAGCAUCUGGAUGAGGCUGAAUUGCAGCAACGGAAAAUCCUUGGAGUGGAGAACGUAACACAGGAUGAGCGCGGUAUACGCACCCUAAUAAAUGCCGGUUGCUUUCGGGCUGCAGUCAAUCUAACUGGCAGAUUGUUGACCAUUUAUGGUCAGGGAUAUGGGAGAGCUGGUCAGCCAGCUAAACAUUCACCGCACUCAUUGCAAUUGUGGUUUACACGUCUCGCCUUGCUGGCCAAGCUAGACGAAUAUGAUUUGUUGCAAGCGGAAGCCGAACCCUUUGGCCAACUGAAUGGUCCUGAUGUAUUCUUCGAGUUCUACCCUGAGAUGUAUAAUGGAAAGCAAGGCUCAAUCGCAUGUUUCUCGUUUCGUCUACUUCUGGCCGAGCUGCCCAUUUACCUGGGCAAGCCACACCUGGCAUUGGAUCAGCUCUCUGAGUUACAUGUAACCAGCAAUGAGAUUAAGGAACACUAUGACAGAUUGAAAAAUACGCAAGCAGCCGAGUUUUGGCAGCGUCGAGCUGAACGUGUAUUGCAGUCAAUAAUUAAUUGCGCUUUAAUGAUGAAGAAAUUCAGCAUGAUUGAUGACAUUAUGGGCGGAAUGCUUCUCACACGUUCUACCCUCAGCAAAGAGGAGCAGAGAUCAUUAUAUUCGGCCUGGGGACGCAUCUAUUUGCAAAUUGGCGAUAUAUUUGGAGCCGAACAAAAGUUUGCCGUCUCGCGGCGGCUGCGUGAAAUCAAUUCGUCGCCUGAUUUACGUGACUUGGUGGACAAGGGUCUUAUAGCUGUGGCCAAAAAUGACUUCCCAGAGGCUUAUCUGAUAUUUCAAAAGGCGCUGCAUUUAGAUUCGGGCAAUACAAUGAUACUGAACAAUAUGGGCGUUUGUUUACUCUACGCUGGAAAGCUCAAGGAUGCCAUUAACUUGUAUGAGCGCGCCAUUAACCUGAAUCCACAGAAAUCAUUGAAUGAGAGUUUACUCGUGAACCUGUCUACCUUGUAUGAGCUGGAAUCGAACAAUUCAAAGGCGAAAAAGCUGAAUUUGUUACGCUUGAUAAACCGAUUUAAGCCAGAUCUCACUAUUAGCGUUGAAAUUUGCCUUAAACUACAGGCAUCAAAUUAGUCAAAAAUAUAUUUAAAUAUUGUUGGUAAACAUUCCAAAACCUCCAUCCAGAAAGAAUAAAAUUCAAGAUUGAUAACAAA